AUGACCCUCACCAUCGACACAGGCGUCGACGGCGUCUCGAUCACGGCUGAGCCUCUCACGCCGACGGCAUUUGCGCCAUUCGGUGCCGUCAUCAGCAACCCGCGGCCCGACGUCCACCCAUCGUCGGCCUCCUCAUCCUCCUCGCUGCCGCCCAACGGCGUAUCGGCAAACCAGGGGACGGCGAUUCAGUAUCGCAAUGUCAGCCGGGCGCGCAACCUCUACGCAGACGCCCCCAGCGGCUCGGCUGCGCCGGCGACGAGCCUCUUCGUCUGCGCGGCCCGCGACACGGCCGUCGUCACCAUCGGCGUGCUCGAACGGCAUCCCUUCACGACGCAGACAUUCUCGCCGCUCGCUUCCUCGGCCGACACCUACCUCGUCGUCGUCGCGCCCAGCCUGCCGCCGAGCGCGCGCGACGAGGCGCUGCCCGUGCCCCGGGGCGACAUCUCGGGCCUGCCUGGCAGAGGCCUGCCGGACUUGGGCCGUCUCCGGGCCUUUGUCGCCAACGGCGCCCAGGCCGUGACCUAUGGUGCCGGUACCUGGCACUCACCCAUGAUCGUCCUCGGUCGCCGCGGCGCCACCCUCGACUUUGUCGUGUCGCAGUUUGCGAGCGGUGUCGCCGUCGAGGACUGCCAGCUGGUCCACAUGGCCUCCGAGAACGUGAAGGUGUCGAUCCCGGAGAGGAGCGGGAUUAAAUCGAGGCUGUAG